AUGGUGGAGCAGUCCCCUGAUGCCAUUGCCAGUGUGGAGCAGUCCCCUGAUGCCAUUGCCAAUGUGGAGCAGUCCCCUGAUGGUGGUGCCAGUUUAGAGCAGUCACCUGAAGCUGGUGCCAGUGGGGAGCAGUCCCCUGAUGCUGGUGCCAGCGUGGAGCAGUCCCCUGAUGCCGGUGCCAGUGUGGAGCAGUCCUCUGAUGCCACUGCCAGCAUGGAGCAGUCUCUGGAUGCCGGUGCAAGCUUGGAGCAGUCCCCUGAUGACGGUGCCAGUGUGGAGCCGUCACCUGAUGUAGGUGCCAGUGUGGAGCAGUCCAAUGAUGCUGGUGCCGGCGUGGAUCAGUCCUCUGAUGCUGGUGCCAGCCUGGAGCAGUUCCCUGCUGCCAUUGCUGGAGUGAAGCAGUCUCUUGAUGCUGGUCCCAGUGUGGAGCAGUCUCCUGAUGCUGGUCCCAGUGUGGAGCAGUCUCAUGAUGCUGGUCUCAGCAUGGAGCAGUCCCUUGAUGCCGGUCCCGGUGUGGAGCAGUCUCUUGAUACUGGUCCCAGCAUGGAGCAGUUCUCUGAUGCCGGUUCCAGUGUGGAGCAGUCUCUUGAUACCGGUCCCAGCAUGGAGCAGUCCCUUGAUGCCAAUCCCAACGUGGAGGUGCACUGA